AUGAAUUUAUUGGUCCAAUUUUUUAGUAUCGUUUUGUUGUAUAUCCAAAGGAAUCCGUACGUCGGUGCACAGAUACAAAGAAAUCCACUUGAUGCACAAGCUGCUGAACAAGUACUUUCACCUCAACAUGUACGACCACAUGCACCAGUACAACUGCAAACUGCUACUCAGGCACAACAACAACAAUUGCUGAAUCCACCUAGUGAUCAGCAGCAAGGGCUCGAUACAUAUAGGAAACAUCUGAUAGAUUAUGAAGAAUGUAAGGAAGAUGUACAUAAAUAUUGCUUUCGUCCUGGAGUGGAAUUGAAAAGUGAUAUGUCGGUAUUGGAAUGUCUUCAAGACGUUAAAUUAAGCGAGACGGAAGUGCUUACUGCUGCAUGUGAACAUUUGGUUUGGGAUUUCAAGGUAAAUUUGACUCAAGAUGAUCAAUUUCGGCAAGCGUCGAAACUUUAUUGCAAAGACGAAAUGGUAGUUAAUUCAAACUUAGCUCAGUGUGCAGAAGUAACAGAACCAGGAUAUUCACUCUCAUGUUUCAUGAGUUUCAUAUUAAAUUUACCGAAAGAGUCGAGUUGUUUCAAAUUUUUAGAUCGUUCUGCCAGACUUGCAUUCUCUGACUUUCGUGUUGUUGGUCCAUUUGUGGCGGUAUGUAAAAGUACAAUCCAGCGACUUCAAUGUGGGACAUUAACUCCACCAUCUGCCCAUGCUAAAGCUCGAGUUCCACAUUCCCAAGGGCAUACAUUGGAAUGUUUGAUAAGCAAAAUCUAUCGAGCACCGCAAAAAGAUCCUGGGGCAACGCCAGUAGUUGACGAAGCGUGUCAGCACGAAAUCAUGCGAAUAGCUGAAUUACAAACGGAAGAUUUCCACCUCGAUAGGCCGCUUUAUUUUGCUUGUCGGGAAGAUCGAGAGAAAUUUUGCAAAACUGUCCAAUCAGGACAGGGAAAAGUACUCGAAUGUUUGCUUACUCAUCGGACAGAUCCAAUGAUGGAGCCAGAAUGUUCAAAGCUUUUGGCUGAACGAGCUAACAUGAUGGGGCAAAACUAUCGAUUAUCACAUCCAUUGCUCAGUGGUUGUGCAAUAGAACUGAAAGAGUUCAGUUGUGCUCCGUCGGCAUUAUUUUCGGGCUCUCCAAAUUUUCAUUUAAGUUGGGUGCUUCUGUGUCUGGAAAAUGCGGCACAUGCAAAUCCGGGCAAAGUAUCCAAAAAAUGUCAACAUGAAAUGGUUUCACAUCGUAAAAUGAUGUUGAGUGAAUUUCGAUUAAGUCCAGAAGUUGUUUUAACCUGUGGCAGAGAAAUCGAUAUGUUCUGCAGUGAAAAGGGUGAUAUUGAGGCGGAAGGUCGAACUAUGCACUGUUUAUUGAGUCAUGCACAAGAACGUAAUGAAAACCAGAGACUUGGUCCGCAAUGCAUGCAAGCUUUGCAAACUGUUAUGAAGGUCGUCGAUGUUGGUUCGAAUUACAAAGUGGAUGAAGUUUUGUAUGCCAGCUGCAAAAGAUUAAUUGAUGGUCCAUGUGCAAUGGAUGCUCAAUCGGAAGCGAACACUUUGAACUGUUUGAUGAAACAUAUGGAUAUUGACAUGCCAAAAGAAUGUGAGCAACGGCUUUUAGAAGUGCAGUACUUUAUCUCUCGUGAUUGGCAACUCGAUCCGCAACUUUAUUUAGCAUGCCAUGAAGAUGCUGUUUCCAAAUGCUCUGCUAAUGCUAACUGGCAUCAGCAACCGAUUCAACAAGGACCAGAUCCUGGACCAAUCGUACUUGCAUGUCUCUAUCGUGCAGCCUACAACGAUCAGAAUCCGCUCAAGCCGGAAUGUGCCACAAAUGUGCGUCGUGCGUUGCGUACUCGUGCAGUGCGUGUAAAUUUGAUGCCAGAUAUCGAAUCUUAUUGUCGAGAGGCUUUGUCAGAGUUCUGUUCUACCGAUGUGAAACCCACACAGGAAAUGAGGUGUUUGCAAGAAUAUUUCCAGCUAGAUAAGUUCAAAAAAAGUAUGGUGAAUGUUCCGCAGCUGUAA